AUGAGCCAUAGUCUGCCACAUCCUACAACACCAGUAGGUCAUAGCCCUGGGGUCUAUCGCCGGAAACGCAAACCCGUGAAUUGCGAGCAAUGUCGACGCUCUAAAUUGAAGUGCGACCGCCAACAUCCGUGUGCUACUUGUAAGCGACGCAACCGUGGCGAUGCCUGUAUUUACGAGGUUCCAUCUGGAAUUUCUCAGACGAGAAGCCAUCACCGAACCCCCGCAACUCCGCUGUCGAAAAGCAAUACCGCGGAGUUACGAUCUUCACCGUUAGGUGAGAAUAUCGUCACUGGUACAUCCUCGGGGCCAAAUAAUCGUUCGCUGGUCCCAGACGCAAGUGAAGUACUCUCCGAUAGUCACUGGGAAACGGUGCUCGAAAGACCUGCGCCAGAAGAUGGCACCCAGGGCACAAUGUCGCCUCUCUCAACAGGUCCACGCCUGCCUUUGCAAGAACUCAUUAAUCCCCUACCGCCAAAAGCCUGUUGUGAUUAUUUGAUUUCUCAUUUCUUCCAACUAAUACAUCCUUUGUUUCCAAUUCUCCAUGGCCCAACCUUUCAGUCUCAGUACGCGGCCUUUUUUACACAACAACCUCAGUCCCGUCAAGUCGAUCUUCCUUGGCUGGCUCUACUUUUCUCAAUGUGCUCUCUAGCACUGAACACGAUGGACAUAAGCGAUCCAAGGCUGCUAUACAUCUGGCCAACCAUUUCCGACAGCUCCGCCCAAGAUUUCACGACCACAUCUGUGUCUCGCAGACUUUUACAAGCGUCAAUGACUUGUCUCUUACAGGAUCAGUUCUUCAUCAGGCACAAAUUCAGCACAUUCGAGGCACUGUUGAUGCUUAUUUAUAGCUUGUCACAUAAUGAAUCCGUAGAUCAAGGAUGGGCAUUAUUAGGCAUGGCGUUAAAUAUGGGUAUUGCACUACGGUGCAAUGCGGAUUCUCGAGGGAUGAACCCCAUAGAAACCCAGAGAAGACGGCGCUGCUGGGCUGGUCUAUUGACGCUUCAUACAUACCAAGGAAUUCUGUUCAGGGAUGUUGACAUGUCAUUUUUACUCGAUAUCAAGGCCACGAUGCCUGCUGAUGUCAAUGAUCUCGACAUUACCGAAGGCGGUAUUGCUGAUUCAUUCAGCCAGCCCACCCAGAUGUCGGUCAUGAUGGCUAAGAUUCGUCUAUUCCGGCUCUCUACUCAUAUUUGUCGCCAUAUCUCCGGUCCCGUGCGGCUUGAUCAAAGCUCUUUACAGAAGUUCAACUCCGCUAUUGCCGAGGAGCAAGCAAAUUGGGACUCCACUUAUAUGAUUGAUGGAUCUCCAAAUAUCCUGGAUCAAACUGCAUACGGAUAUUGGUGCGUCUUGCAAAGUUAUGCGCAUCAUCUUUACCUACUUCUGCAUCGCCCGUUUCAUCAUACGAAAUCGCCGUGUUUUCUUCCAGAGUCGAGAGAAAGAUGCCUCAGUUCUGCCAUGGCUUUGAUCUCAAUUCAUAAACAGAUAUAUGAAGCUCCAUUGCUCCGAAGCUUUGUUUGGCUAUUGACUGGAGUGACGGGUCUGAAGGUACUUCAUGCCGCCGUGGCUCUCAACUCAUGCCUACUCGACAAGCCAUCGGGUGAUCUGGAACCCUAUCGGGAGGCGAUACAAAGGCUAGCCCAGCGCAUGGAGAGUCUUUCCAGCCGAAGCGCAAUGUGCGCGAAGUCAUAUCGAAUACUUUGCCAUCUGCAGAUCCAGUCCAGUACGGCUACCGCUCAACCGCCUAACUCGGAGAUUCAAUCUGAAAAUACAGUCGAAGACUGGACUGAUAUACGUGAAUGGAUGGACUCUGAUUUCGUCAACUGGAACUUAGACGGUGCCUUCAGUAUCUUUACUGAUUGA